GUCAUCCUCGACGUCGACCAACACACUCCGACCACUCGACAGCCGACAUGGUCAACCUCCGCUCCCAAAAGCGCCUCGCCGCCUCCGUUGCCGGCGUUGGUAAGCGCAAGAUCUGGCUCGACCCCGCAGAGCAAUCCGAAAUUGGAAACGCCAACUCCCGCUCUCACAUUAAGAAGCUCAUCAAGGAUGGUCGCGUCAUCAUCAAGCCAACCGUCAUCCACUCCCGCGCUCGCACCCAGGACCUGCUCGCUGCCAAGAGGAAAGGCAGGCACACCGGUCCUGGUAAGAGGAAGGGUACCGCUGAGGCCCGUAUGCCCACCAAGGUGCUCUGGAUGAGGAGGCAACGUGUUCUCCGGCGGUUACUGAGGAAGUACCGGGAGGCAGGAAAGAUCGACAAGCAUCUUUACCACCAGCUCUACCAGAAGUCCAAGGGUAACGUUUUCAAGAAUAAGCGAGUACUCAUGGAGUACAUCCACCGUGCCAAGGCUGAGAAGAGCCGUACCAAGCUGCUCAACGACCAGGCCGAGGCUCGCCGUGUCAAGAACAAGGCGGCUCGCGAGCGUCGUGUGGCGAGGAUUGCGGAGAAGCGUGCGGAGAUGUUCUCUGUUGAGGAGACACCGGCCGCCCAGUAGGCAGUUAUUAUGCGUCAUGCCGUUUGUUUGUGCAGUUCACAUGCGGGGCGAACCUGUGUAUGCAAUACACGCCAUGGAAUCAUGCAUACUCUAUGAGGAACGUGAUAUAUUGGUGCGUGAGGC